UAACGUUUUAUAUAUAUUAAACGAUUGCUCGAGCUCAAAUAUAUUUUUGUAAUUUUGGUCUUUUAACACAAAGAAAUGGCAUUUCUUCCACGUUGCACGUUGCUGCGAGCUAUAAAACAAGUACAUAUACAUCGAUUUUUCGCCACAACGCAAAAAGCUUGCAAGGAAAAGAAUUACCCAAUUCACGCGAACACGCUAGGCAGAUGGGCUGGAAUUGCGAGCAUGAUGCGUCUGCCUGUUCAUGAAGAUGCAAAAGAUUUAGAUGCUUGCUUUGUUGGUAUUCCUUUUGACAGUGGUACGAGCUAUCGAUCUGGUACAAGGUAGGCUAAGGAUAUAUAGGUAUUACCAGCGGCGGCGGAACAGAUUUCGUUCUGGGGGGGCUAAAUUUUUUCGGCGACCUCCCCCCCCCCCCCAACAAAAUAUUGCAAAUUUGUCCCCUUAUACCUAAAUUUUCAAAAAAUAACCUAAAUUUUUCCCUAAUUAUCAAAAUUUUUUCCAAAAAUUCAAAUUUUCUGCUUUUACUUCUGGGGGGGCUUUAGCCCCCCUGUUCCGCCGCCCCUGGGUAUUACGUACUCGUUACUUGAGGAUUUGAGGUAUAAAUAUCUGCCCCCUGCACACGUCCCUGAGCCUGACUAGUAACGUCUAGUAUACAGAUAGCGCACAAUUUUCGAAAGUUGGCCGGUUGAAUGUGUAGUAUUGCUUAAUAAAUUAUGUUUAGAUUAUAAUUAUAUUGUGCUAAUAGAAUUCAUGAGAGGUAAAAACCUUUGGAAAUCCACAGGAGGUGGGGGGGGAGAUUUCAUUGAUGCAUACACUUUCCACUGUAUAAACAGGGUCAUGACUCAAUACCAGAUGGUCCAAGGUAGUGGCAAUAAUAAGAAUGCUUCAGAUUGAUAGGGAUACAACUUCCUGAAAAAUACAAGCCAAGGAGAACUUCAACGUUUCGAGCGAAGGCCCUUCCCUCUAAUACAAACAGUUCUCUAAUACAGACACCCCUCUGACAUCCUCUGAGCACACUAAAAGUCCAAUACCUAAACUAUAUUUUAGAUUUGGUCCCAGGCAAAUCCGUACCGAAUCCGCAAUGAUAAGACAUGUCAAUGCUGUGACAGGUGCAUCACCCUACGAGUCUAUGAUGGUUGCAGACAUUGGUGAUAUGUCUGUUGUACCAUUCAAUGUGGAAAGGACAUGCCGAAUUAUCAAGGAAGAAACAGCCAAGAUUAUUAAAGAUGGAUGUCGGCCAUUAUCUAUGGGUGGUGACCAUCUUGUUACGUAUCCAGUAUUACAAGCAAUGAAGGUUUGCAAUGUUAACCCUUUAAGUGGCAAUGCACCCUGAUGCACCCUACUCUAUAAUAUUUUACUGUAUGUUACUCAUAAACCUCAGCAUAAUCUGUGACUGUACUUUCAUCUAUUUCCAGGAGAAAUAUGGUAAGAUUGGAGUUGUCCAUAUCGACUCGCAUGCAGACACAAUAGAACAUCAGCUGGAUGAAAAGCUAGCACACGGCACACCAUUUACUCGAGCAGUAGAGGAAGACUUGCUGGAUUCAAAAAGAGUCGUUCAAAUUGGUUUGCGAGGCUCACUUUACAGUCAUGAUGAUUUUAAUGUUGCUGACAGUCAGGUACUGAAGUAAAACGUGAUGAAACAUUUUGAGUAAAUCCUCUACUCUAGGGAGAACAGUUUAGAAUCUCUAACAGUUGGUGCCAGUGUAGAUAGCAACAACAACAACAACAACAACAACAACAACAACAACAAGACAGCUGCAGAUUAAGACAGAUAUGGCUACCUCAAAAAUAUCAGCAGAACGUCGAUCUGACAAAUGUUGAAGUUCUGCUUAUAUUUUUCAGGUAGUUGUUUCUCAGUCCACAGCUGUAUAGAACUGAUAGAGGCAUCUAUAGUAUAAAUAAAGUCGGUUGGGAAAUCAUUUUUGCUGAAUAGGGUUUCCGUGUGGUGCGUGUAGAAGAAUGCUGGCAUAAAUCACUCACACCUCUUAUGGAAGAAGUGAGGGAACAGAUGGGUGAUGGUCCUGUGUACUUGACGUUCUGCAUUGAUGCCAUUGACCCAUCAUUUGCACCAGGAACAGGUUAGAACAAUUGAUCUUGUCCUUAUGCACACUAACCUGCAAAGCAGGUGUUGUGGGCAAGCUCAGCCACUCCUGCACAUUUCAAAUAAAAUGUCUGCUUUGCAGUCUGAAUGGACACCUUUUGAAUGUAAUACUAUAGAACUGAGAUUCACACUGUGUGUUACAUAAUAGGCAGCAAACUGUGAUCAUGCUGUUUGAAUUACUCUACCCUCAAGAUGUUGAAGUCUUGAAAGUGACAUCAUCACAGCAACCUCUAUAAAAUAGACACCUCUCUAAUGCAGACCAUAUACAGACACUUUGUUCUGUCUUUUCCAUGUCAGUAUGGCUGAAACAAUUAAACAUUUUGUCAUCUAGGUACACCAGAGGUAGGAGGACUGACAACUAUUCAAGCUAUAGAAAUUGUUCGAGGAUGCAAAGGACUGAAUAUUAUUGGUGCUGAUGUUGUCGAGGUAUACUGUGUUUGUAAUUGUGGUUCCCACUGAUAAACCUAUCCAGUAUCAAUAAAGUUAGUUUAUAUUUCUUCCCGUAGUAACAUUGGUACAAUACUGGAUGGCCCUUACUGGACCUCUAGUAAAAAUGAAUUUACAUUUGUUUUAUUUGUGUGUUUAUGUAGGUGUCACCACCAUAUGAUCCGUUUGGAACAACUGCGCUGAUCGGUGCCAAUCUCUUAUUUGAAAUGCUAUGCAUAUUGCCUGGUGUUCACUAUGUCAAGUAAAUGCCAAGUAUGAAUUGUCCAUAGGGAUUUAUAGACAUCGCUGUAUACUAGGUAAUGACAGUAAUUAGCUAGUAUAAAUAUACAUAUAAAAAUAAAAGUAACUUUGUAACCUCUACUACUGAAAACAACAACUAGACGAUUUGUAGCACAUUGUAUUUUGCAAGAAAUUAAAAAGGAUCAAAAUAUGAUACAUAAAUUACAGUAGUUAACUUUGAACAGCUUCAAUACUCACUAGACACUCAAAUCAUAUGCCUGACUGAAUAUGAAAACAAAGCUAUUCCAAUGUCCUGUUGUCUUUUUUCAAUAUUCACUAUUGUAACUAAUGCUUGCUCUGUCUCAAUCAGGCAUAUGUUUUGAAGAGUUUAACUGAUAACUCGUAUUUAAAUUAAGUUAAAAUAUACCAGUGUGCUCUUUCAAAGUUUGUAUAUAAACUGCAAUUAUGCAGUCGCAAUUGUUCAUAGUGAUAGGUUUCUGCUCGAUAUGACAGACACAAUGUCAUUUCUAUCUCCGACGACCUGACCUGUAAUUAGAAAAUUUAAAAACCUUAUAUUUGGUGGCAAAUAAAUGAUGGAAGGAUAUAGGUUAUUUUUUUGCCCCCUAAUAGUACAAACAUUUUGACCACUUUCUGUUUUGUAAGUUGUAAAAGAAAUAUUCAAUAGUUUAUUAAUAACUAGGAUUAGUGCAAAUUCAAUUUAAAAGUUAAAAAAUUUUACCAAACAACAUACCUCGAUUUUUUUGAGGACGCACGAACAAAUGCCCAAUCAACCGAGAUCUUUUGUUCUAGCAUCUCGGCGUCAUUGAGUGCGUCCCUUGCUGCUUGCGCUUCUUUGAAUGUUUCGUAUUCCACUAGAGCGUAUCCCUA